AUGGUGGAGAAGACAGCCAAAGGGAGAAAGGAGGAGGUAGUGACAAGAGAAUACACUAUCAAUCUCUACGGGCGUCUUCAUGGAUGCACCUUCAAAAAAAUGGCUCCCAAAGUCAUAAAAGUGAUGAGGAAGUUUGCACAGAAGGCGAUGAGGACAACAGAUGUUAGGGUCGACGUGAAGCUAAACAAGCACACAUGGAGCAGGGGUAUCCGGGGUGGGUCUAGACGUGUCCGUGUGCACAUCGCCCACAAGAGGAAUGAAGAGGAAGAUGCCAAGGAAGAGCUUUAUUCGUUGGUCACCGUAGCAGAGGUCCCACCUGAAGGGCUUAAGGGAUUGGGAACAAAGGUCAUCGAAGAAGGAGAUUAG